GAAAAAGGCAAAGAUGGCGAUAUUCAGUGUGUACGUUGUAAAUAAGGCUGGGGGAUUAAUUUACCAGUAUGACAAUUAUGUACCGAGAGCAGAAGCAGAGAAAACAUUCAGCUAUCCUUUAGAUUUGGUUUUAAAGAUCCACGAUGAGAAAGUUGUUGUAUCAUUUGGUCAACGUGAUGGAAUCCGAGGUACAGUAGGUUGUCAGCCACAGUCAAAUGAUCACAUCAAUGCUUACAAAAAUUAUAUAGUGAUAACUGGUUGUGAAUGUCAUGGUUGGAACUCAAAUGUUGCAUUGUGCAUGCUUCUAUUUAUUGUUAACAUUGUGCAAGCAUUAUUCUAUUAAUGUAGUGGGCCAUGCUUUACUGUCCAUCAAUGGAGUGGAUGUCAACGGCAAGUUCACAGCGGACGGGAAGGAGAUCGUCGAAUACUUGAAAGACUCAACAAACUAUCCGGUGUCCAUACGGUUCGGAAGGGCUCGUUUGAGUUCCAAUGAAAAACUGAUGCUGGCUUCAAUGUUUCAUUCGUAAGUAGUUACAGUUUAAGUGAUUACAGCUGUCAGCUUCUAACAUUAAUAAAUCCUUUAUGGAUGGUGACAUUUGCUUUUCCAUGAUCUUGCUGUAUGUUGUGUUGUACUCUUUCCUAGGUUGUUUGCUAUUGGUUCACAGCUGUCCCCUGAAGUUGGCAGUUCAGGAAUUGAGAUGCUGGAGACUGAUAUGUUUAAACUGCACUGCUUUCAGACACUCACUGGUAAAGCCAUGCAUUCAUACACCGCUAUCAGUCACUGUGUGCGAUGCCUACAUGCAAUGCUCUUGGUUUAAAAAACGAAAUCUGCCUGUGUCAACUUUUAAAAAAUUAGGUGUGAAGUUCAUUGUGCUGGCAGACCCCCGUCAGUCUGGCAUUGAUGCACUCCUCAGGAAGAUUUACGAGAUCUAUUCAGACUUUGCCCUCAAGAACCCCUUCUACUCUCUGGAGAUGCCUAUCAGGUAACUGUCACAUGUCAAAUAUCUGCUCUCUGUCUCUGUCACAAGUCUUCAUCAGUUAGCCAAGUCAGUGAUGAGCAACCAUGGUGAGAUAUAUUUUUUGCCCUCUCUUGUUACAGGUGUGAACUCUUUGAUCAGAAUUUGAAGGGUGCAUUGGAGAUAGCAGAGAAAGCUGGUAACUUUGGACCUGGAUCUUGAGCAGGAACAAACCUGAUAGAUGUGUACCAAGGCAAAUCCAGAGGAUCAAUUGCUCCUGUUUUUCUUUUUUUCUUUUUUUUUUAAACCAAUCCAUUGAAUUGUGUUUGUUGUGACUGGGAAGCUACAGUACAUUGCAUGUCUCCAAGCAGUGCUGAUAUUUCAGAACUAAUGUUGAAUAACUUGUAUAUGAGAAGGAUAUGCUAUACUGGGAUACAAUGUAAAUACUGAAUGUUUUGUUUUUGUACAUACUUUAUGAAUAAAUACCACUGUAACAUUUUCAUAAUCUCUAGCCUUUCUUUCCAAUGCAAUCCUUUAAAAGUAACUAAAAUCAACCACAACAUAAGGUAUUUUAUUCAAGUCUUGUCUAUUCAAACAGAUUACACCCAUAUAAGAAGACGUGUUCAGUGCCAUUAAAAAAAAGUGAACAGAACAUUUGACCAUAAAGUGUCUUGGUUUCAAAUGAUUAAAUUAAAAUCAAACUGACACAUUUUCAAUAUGUGAAUCUAGGAUCUAUUUUAUGCCAUGAGCAUUGAAAAUAGAUUUAAGUAACACAACAUGGUUGAUGUACUUGCAUCUGAACAUUGUCUGAAUACAUCUUCAGUGAAAAU